AUGAGCGCUUCGACGACCGUCGAGCUCGCGCGCGCGGGCGAGUACCGCGUGGAAGUGCCGCCGCUGCGCGACGUGACGAUCCGCCUCCAGAGCGGCUCGGCCGAGCUCUUUGGCGUCGAGCUGGCCAUGGACCGGACGUACACGUUCCGCGACCGGCAGCUCGCGAUCUUCACCUGGUACGGCUGCACGCUCGAGGUCUGCGGCGCGCCCGACGUGGCCUACACGGCGUCGGCCGACACGCCCAUGGACAGCUACUUGAACGUCCACGCGCAGCUCCAGCGCCGCCGCGAGUCGGCCCGCAACACGCACACGGCCGGGCCGCGCGUGCUCGUGUGCGGCCCGGCCGACAGCGGCAAGUCGACGCUCACGCAGCUCCUCGUCAACUACGCGCUGCGCGUGGGCGAGAAGCCGACGCUCGUGGAGCUCGACGUGGGCCACGGCGGCGGCCUCAGCGUGCCCGGGACGCUGGCGGCCUCGCCGCUCGACAUGAACGCGCUCAGCGUGCAAGAGGCCUUUGUGCUGACGAACCCCGUGGCGUACUUUUACGGCCACGCGGCCGCGGCCGAGAACGUCGAGCUCUUUCGGUGGCAGCAGCAGCAGCUCGCGCGCACGGUCAAGCGGCGGCUCGCGCAAGACAGCGCCGUGAACGCUUCGGGCUGUGUGAUUGACACGAGCGGGUGGGUCGACGGCGCGGGCUUUGACCUGCUGGUCGACGCCAUCACGGCCUUUGACGUCGACGUCGUGCUCGUCAUUGGCCAGGACCGCCUCUACAGUCGCCUGCUGCAGAGCAGUGCACUGGCAAAAAGCGCGACGGCCAGCGGCGCCGACCGCUCGAUCGUCAAACUCGCGCGCUCGGACGGCGUCGUGCCCAUGAACAAUAAACUGCGUGCGGCCGCGCGCAUCAGCGGCAUCCGCGAGUACUUUUACGGCGUCCACUCGCUGAGCGUGGCCAUCCCGACGCUGUCGCCCUGCAUCAACGAGGUCUCGUUCGACGACGUCUCGUUCUUCAUGAUCAAAGACAUGAAGGUCUCGGACGUGAUGCUGCCCGUGGGUCAGGUAGAGACGCAGACCGACCGCUUGCGUGCCGUGCCCGUUGACAAGACACCCGACUUGAGCCACUCGCUCGCUGCAGUGAUUCACCCGCGACACGGCCAAAACGCGUCGCCUUCGUCGUCAAUGGAUCCGUCGCUGCUGCUGGAAGCCCCUGCUGCCGGUUUUGUUUUCGUUAAGGAGGUUCGGAUGGCCGAUCAGAAACUCGUGCUGCUUGUUCCUUCGCCAGGUCCGCUACCGUCGCGGAACUUGUUGGUGGGCUCUAUCAAGUGGAUGGAGUAG